AUGGAGAAACGAAACCCCGCAAAAGUCUUAAGUAAUCGUUCAAAACCUAAAAGGAUAGCUUUAAGUGAAGUUUCUAAUACUCAACUGCCUGCUUCGAAAGAAUCUGAAAUAAUAAAACGUUGGUUACAGUCUGAAACACGUGACUCUGAUUCACCAAAAGAAGUUGUUUACCAAACUAACUCACCUUCUACCGUGACAGAGGAAAAUUCCGCUACACAGAAAACUACUAUGUUUAAUGGUACACGUGAACUAAACAUACCAACUCCAAGAAUCGUAGCUUCACCUACAAAAGUUACUUGGUAUUACUCUCCGAGAGUCGUCAUUCCUAUCGUAACUCCGCCAGAAGUGACUGUUAUUAAACCUAAUUUUGAAGAUAUGAAAUCUAAUGAAAAUCCUUCAGCGACAAUCAAGAAAAAUUCGAAAAAAUCAAAGGCAAAUACAAAGAAAAGUCAACCUAACAACAAUAGUUCUUUAUUAAAUUGGUUCGGUCUUACAAGUGACCCCUCUCAAAAAGACACGAGUUCACCUAAUACUACGUUAAAUGAAAUUGAAAAUCCGAAUGUCCUUAAAGAAAUAACUAAUCCACCAAAUGUAACUUCGGAAUCUCGGCCAGUCGCAAAGAGAAAGAGAGCCCCCAAUACAUCUAACUCUAUUAUUGUCGCUUCAUUACCCACUUUUGAACAUGUAAAUUUGGAAAUGAUCGAUAUGGUGUUAAUUACAGAUAUAUUAAGCAUUUACGAUUUUAUUGUAAAAUUCGAGAAGCUCUUGGAAUUAGAUCUCUCGUAUAAUAGGGAUCGAUUAAAUUAUGAUGAUCUCGAAGAAAUGAUUUUGGAUAACCAAUUUCAUACGUAUCUAGCCUUUUUACAAGCUAGGUUGCUCUCUUUCCUUUACAAAGAGUCCGAAGAAGGAUGCGACAUAGAUCUCGUUAAUUUACAAUAUUUUCUCAUUGAAAGAUUUCCUAACAGAAAAUUUCUUUGUGAGAAAGAAUAUUCGGAAUUUGAUCCAAGAGAGCGAACGUCUGUAUUUCUUGACCUCAUGAAUGAUGCAUUACAUACAAAUAAACUUCGCGAGUACAUAAGGGAAUUGAUGAUGCCAGCAACUCACAAGAAAGAGAAUGAGACUAGAUCGGAAAGGAUGAAAGAAAUUAAAUUUAAAGUAAAUGAAAUACGUGUCAAGAUUGUUGACAAGGAAAAUGAGAUGAAAGCUAUCGAAAAUCAAAUAAAGGAAAUACAUAUGAAUUGUGAGCGCGAAGAUGUGGAAUUUCCUAAUGCUGUCACUAAACGUCAAAGAAUAGUCGCACAACGCAAGGCGGAGACCGAACUUCACGAACAUUUAAAAGAUGCAGCCGACGAAAUUGAGAUAUUCUCCCAUAGCUUAGAUAAGUUGGAAAUGGAGCAUAAGGAACUUGAUAUGUUAAAUAAGACUGAACGGAAUCAUGCUCUUUGUACUCUACGCGGUGGCUCUAUUUUAAAUCCAUCCGGGCGUGAUGAAAGGUUUUACAUGGUUGCCAGGUUAGGACAAGACCGGGAUGGUAGAUACUACUGGUUCUUUAGACCUUUAGGAGGCGUGUUUAUCGAAACAAUUAAAUGGAAUUACUCCGAGCAAGGUUCUGAAAAUUCAUCUUUGCCCAUAACUUCUUCGUCAGAAUGGCAAAUGAUCGGUGGAAUUGGCGAACUUAGAAUGCUUAUGGCAGCUCUUAAUGCACAAGAUGAUAGGGAGAUGAGUUUAAAAACGAAUCUUAAAACAUUGGAGAAUGAAAUCGAAUCCACAUUUGAAAUGCUAAACUUACGGCUCGAGAAAAAAAGAGAUGCACAAACCGAAAAAAUGGAAGUUGAUUCUGAAGAAGUUAAACUUAUCAUGAGUCAACGUCAAAAAAGCUUUUGGAAAUUAUUUGAUACGGUUAUCCGCAAAAAGAACGUUUGGUCAUCAGAAGAAUAUCAUGUGAUAAUGAAAGAGUAUGUAAAGAGAAAAAUCGCAGAAUUCGAGAAAAUCUUGCAAGAAGUGGAUCUAAAUUUGGUUUUCAAAACUUGCGAGUCGAAUUCUAGCGUAAAUGCUAGUGAUUACGUAAAUGAAAUCAAAAGGAUGAUCUCUGAAACCGGUCUUAUCUUUACGGACGAUGAUGAUGCAUCAUCUACUACUAGUUCCAAAAAAGAUAAAAAUUGGGGUUGGCUUUAUGAGGUUGCAGUCAAUUGGUAUUCAUUAGAAAUUAAAACAUUCUCUAUAUUGGCAGUUUGGUUGGAUGUUAUGAUAAAUUCCGGUGAACCCGUGGUUAGAUCGAUUAAGAGACGUAUGCGAGAGCAGCUCUCGGAAAAAUUCAAGUGUUCGUCACGUUUACGAAACAAAAAAGGCAAAGUCGUUGUAUACAAGGAGGAAAUCUCAGAUGAAGAUAUAGGUGAUGAGAUAGAUGGUGAAGAAAACGAGAACGAGGAUGGUAAUUUUGAAGCGCAAAAGCAGCCAUCCAAAUGGAGUUUCCGUCAAAGAAAGAGA